UGCUGCGGCAUUUUCUUUUCCCGUAUUUCAGAGUUCUGUGUACUGCUUCCUGGUCUGGUCUUGACACACACCACAUGGCCCAUCCUGCCACACUCCCUUUGAAAACGCAAUGUUGACAGGUUAAUACCUGCAAAUAUACAGCACCCUAAUGUAGUUCCAGUAAAGGUGAAACAACUUCCGUAGUAAAUACCUACUUUUGGGCAUCACUUGUAGGCAAAUGUUCAAUUUAAUAGACACAUCCUUCCUUGUACAAUUCACUUGAGAAUGAUUGAUUAAAUGUAUUGCAAGAGAGAGUACAUCCUGGAGAACGUCACGGGGGAAUUCCCCAGCCGACGAAUGACGUGCUGAGUUAGGUCACGCGGGUUAUUUUAUUUACUACCGGCACUUCACAUAAAGUUCAUUCAUUCAAAAAAUCUUCCAACAUGGUAGCGCUGGUAAAUAGCAGUUUGUUACGGGUGGUCAGGAGAUGUGUUCAGGUUUCUCGAUUCCAGUCACGGCUUUUUACUUUACGAGCCCUCGCUAACAGUGCAGCAGAUCCUGGUCAAGUUCGAUCGGGCUCGGGCAGUGUCUGCGAAUCUGCACCUCACCCGGACACUGCAGGAAGCGGCUGGAGCACUGACUCUAACCGGGCAGACCUGUUCAAGGCAGUUUGCGCUAUUGCUUUGGGGAUCGGCGGGGCCACUUUGCUUUAUUCCAGGCGGCAGGGUGAGAAACAGAAGCAGCAGGAGAAAAGUCACCUUGAAGGCGGCGUGGGCAGUUCUGUAUUCGAAUACAUCCUGCCGACAGCCCGGUGUGCUUCCCCGUUCAAACCAGACAGCCCCCGUUACAAAUACAACUUCAUCGCUGACGUGGUGGAAAAAUCAGCACCUGCUGUUGUGUUUAUUGAGAUUAUUGCAAGGAAUCGUUCAGGCCAGGAGGUUCCAGUUUCGAGCGGCUCUGGGUUUGUCAUCAGUCAGGAUGGGCUGAUCAUCACGAACGCCCAUGUGGUGGCCAACAAACGAGGAGUGAAAGUGAAGCUAGCCAAUGGAGACACAUAUAACGCAGUGGUUCAGGAUGUGGACCAAGUCGCCGAUAUUGCUACCAUCAAAAUCAAUGCCAAGCACCCUCUCCCAACCCUCUCUCUGGGCCGCUCCUCAGAUGUCCGGCAGGGUGAGUUUGUGGUUGCCAUGGGGAGCCCCUUAGCCUUGCGCAACACCAUCACCUCUGGGAUCGUGAGCUCAGUGCAGCGAGGAAGUCAGGAGCUGGGCCUCUCCAACUCCAAUAUGGACUACAUUCAAACUGAUGCCGCUAUUGAUUUUGGGAACUCGGGCGGACCCCUUAUCAAUCUGGACGGUGACGUCAUUGGUAUCAACACCAUGAAAGUGACGGCAAGCAUCUCCUUCGCCAUUCCUUCAGACCAUCUCAGGCAAUUCUUGAUCAGUGCAGAGAAGAAAAAAUCUCAGUGUGGAGGAUCAGAAAUGAAGAGACGCUAUGUUGGUAUAAUGAUGCUUACACUUACUCCCAGAAUCAUUGAAGAGUUGAAGCUUCGUGACCCCGGUUUCCCAGAUGUUACCCACGGUGUGCUGAGUCACAGGAUCAUCAUGGGCUCUCCUGCAUACCAAGCUGGAAUGAAACCUGGAGAUAUCGUCCUUGAGAUCAAUGGACAGACCAUAAAGACAGCUGAAGAAAUCUACAACGCAGUGCGGACCUGUGACCGUAUUAACAUGGUAGUGAAACGUGGGCAGGACCUGCUAAUGCUGCACAUGACCCCUGAAAUGACAGAGUGAAAGCUGUAUAACAGAGACCAAUAUCGUUUGCAUCAAUCUUGCUUGUAUGGUGUAGUGGCAAUUCUCAGGCCUCGUGAAAGGGGAUAUCGUUUUUAUAAAUGACAGUUUGAGGGUAAGAGACAAUGAUGUAUGUGUGUUUAGGUCAUAAAAUAUUUUAAUGAUGCCCUCAAUGAAGGAUCAUUUUUUCUGAAUGCUAUAGGUAAUGGUUUAGUUUGUUAAUGUAAUGUACAAUAUGUUGUCAGUCAACAUUCAGGAAGAAAUGCAGUUUACUGUCAUUUAUUAUUCUGUUGCAUAGGAAAUAAAUAAUUGUAUCGGAGCUGCCGUUUUCUACAGUUGCUUUAUAGCAGCUGAGGAGCAAAGGGGGAAGAGGGUGUCUCAAUCAACUGAGUAUCUCUACAGAGAUUGAGAUCUACAAAGAGUGAGAAAUUCAACAGCAAUAUCAGGAACAUUACAUUUAUUACGGGCAGCAGUGUGGAGUAGUGGUUAGGGCUUUGGACUCUUGACCGGAGGGUUGUGGGUUCAAUCCCCAGUGGGGGACACUGCUGUUGUACCCUUGAGCAAGGUACUUUACCUAGAUUGCUCCAGUAAAAACCCAACUGUAUAAAUGGGUAAUUGUAUGUAAAAAUAAUGUGAUAUCUUGUAACAAUUGUAAGUCGCCCUGGAUAAGGGCGUCUGCUAAGAAAUAAUUAAUAAUAAUAAUAUUACACAGCUUGUCCAGCGUGGAAAUCCAGUUGGGGCUGAUUAGACGACCCGCUGCCCUCUGCUUCACAGAAUGUCGUAAUGAUAUCUGGUAGGAGCCCAAACAUUACUUAUAAAAAAUAAAGAUGCGAUGAACAGCUGAAAAGGCAAAGCGAAUGAGCCCCGGUUUGUAGCAGCUUUUCUACUUGCACACUAAGGGCCCAACUGAAAGAACUUUAACUGGUAAAAUAAGGGUUUUAGGAAAAUACCAAACUAUGCAAUGAGCAAACUUGUAUCGAUGAUCAAAAUAAAUAAUACACUGCAAGGAGCAGUAUCUUUCCUGGAAAUGCAUUUCCUCAUUAAAACAGCUUUUGAAUUUGGUCCCAUAAGAUAGGAAUCUAGUUUGAAAGUGAUGAAACCAAUAAAUAUAAUUCAGCAGAAAUCAUCGACUAAGCUGGAGAUGUUUAAAUGUUUUAUUUUUUUUAAUGAUAUUUUGUAAUCUUAAAACAUGUACUAUAUGUUUACAAUUUGUACACAUUUGAUCUACUUACUAAUGCAUUUGAUAAGUCAUUGUAUUAUUAAUCUGUAUUGCCGAACAAUGUUAUGUUAACCAAAAAGUAAUUACUUGUACAUUGUACCAGUUUACCAAAGUCAGUGUUGUGAAGUGGAACAGAAUACCAGUGAUUUGUGAAUGAGAAUACAUACAUAGUAUACAGGGUCAUACAAAAGUCAGCCAAUGAAGUUUUGUUACACAUAGAAUUUCUAUUGCAAGCCUGAUAAGUGUCCCUAUAUUGUGCCAUGGUUCUCUGUGUACAUUACAGCAUGUUGACUUCCAUGAAAACCACAACAGCCUUCCUCUCUAACUACUGUACAUUUUGUUUUAUGAAUAAUAAAAAAGGAAUUUAUUAAGGGUAUUUUUCUGAAGCACUAUAUUGUGGUCCUGCUUGUGAUCACCAUUAGAGCAGAGGUGUCCAAUCAAACUCCUGGAGGGCUGUUCCACUCCAGGUUUAACAGGUGGAAUUAUAUAAGUAACUACUUCAGGGUCUGGGUGGAGGUUAAAUUGGUUCAAUUAAACAUUUCAGAGCAGGGUUGGAACAAAGACCAGGAGUGGAAUGUCCAACUUUAGCCACCCUGGCUUAAAGUAAUUGUAGCUAACAAAACAAUUCAGUUAAUCUUAGCCAUUUUUCACUUCCAUUAGCUACAUCGGUCUCAAGCGGGCAGUUUUAAAAGAAACGCAUGUAUAUGUGGUAGUACUUCAAGGUAAAGGAAGCUCUGAGUUAUCUGUUCAAACGUGCACUUCCUGUGUCAUUUCACGUCCGCAUUGUCUUCUGGGUCAAAUCAUGGUACUGGCUGAAAGCACAUACCUCUCAGUCAAAGAGGGAAGCAGCUGACUGGUAAUUGACAGGAAAGAAGCCAAAUAAGGUGUGGAGACACAGGAAGUACAAGACCGUCUUAAAAAAAAAAAGAGCUUGUAAACAAGAGUUUUUUGUAAUCUAGUGGUGGUACCAGAUUCCAUAUUUUGAAAUUUAAAAUGAUGUAUCGUUUUGUUGAUUGUCCUAAUUCCCAUUUAUGAUGUUGCUUUUUGCAGUUACUCAAAUGCCACUUUUCAUUUGUUUAUUCACGAAGUCUGUUAAAGUCUUUUCACCCGAGUUCAGGAGCUGCUCUUCAGUUCUAGUCACCUGCCAGAGAUAUAUGUAACAGGCUACUUCACUGAAAAGUGUCUUUAAACAAGAGGCAGCCCUGUAUCAAGUGAGCUGCCACUUUGGAUCAGGUCCCCCUGGGCUCUGCUGUCAAUACACUGUUCUGCAUAAGAGGGUGUUGGUACUUAAAGACAAGUCAUCUGGUCUAAAACACAAGAGGUGCUACUGAACUUGUAGUCAAAACACCUUACACAGACUUGUCAUUUUCUUUCUUUUUAUUUAAACCCUUCCAUAUAAAAGCAAUGGAAAAACAAAUAAACUCAAUAAAAAUAUA